UCGGCUUUCUUCUCUUCUCUAUAUAUAGAUAAGGCAAACCCUUGCCCUUAAGGCUUGUCUGUCUCAGCAUCUUUUCUCUUAGGAUAGAAAAAGAUCUCUUAGGAUAGAUAAAUAUUCCUAGAUUUCAAAUUCUAGCGAGAUAAAUAUUAAAUCAAGACCCUUUUUUUGUUUGAGAAGAAUUAAAUCAAAUCUUCAACUGCUCAACAACAACUUGUACUAGUGUAAGGUGAAAGAGAGAAGAAAGUGGAAAUGGGUAGACCUCCUUGCGGUGACAAAAUCGGUGCGAAGAAGGGACCAUGGACUCCUGGAGAAGAUAUCAUACUGGUCUCUUAUAUUCAAGAACAUGGACCAGGAAAUUGGAGAUCAGUUCCUAGCAAUACAGGUUUGCUUAGAUGCAGCAAGAGCUGCAGGCUCAGAUGGACUAACUAUCUCCGGCCAGGCAUUAAACGUGGCAACUUCACUGAACAAGAAGAGCAGAUGAUAAUCCAUCUCCAAGCUCUUUUAGGGAAUAGAUGGGCUGCCAUAGCUUCCUACCUACCUCAGAGAACAGAUAAUGACAUAAAAAAUUAUUGGAACACCCAUUUGAAAAAGAAGCUGAAAAAGGUCCAAACAGGCGUUGAUGGCCAAAGUCAAGAUGGGUUCUUUUCUACACAAUCAGUCUCAAAGGGGCAAUGGGAGAGAAGGCUUCAAACAGAUAUCCGGAUGGCUAAACAGGCCCUUUCUGAAGCUUUGUCCAUUGAUAAACUAAACUCUUUAACAGGCUCAAAGGACAUCAACCUCUCUCACCCUUACUUAAGACCAUCUCUAUCUCAAGGAUCUACUUAUGCAUCAAGUGCUGAAAACAUAUCCCGGCUGCUCGAAAACUGGAUGAAAAAUCCACCCAAACCAGCCGCUCAUCAAACAAAUUCAGGUGAAACAAUGACUCAGAAUUCCUUCAACAACACAAUGACAGCUGGCUCCAGCUCGAGUGAUGAAGGAGCAUUCAAUGCAACUACACCUGAGGCUUUUGACUCUUUUUUUAGUUUCAACUCUUCCAAUUCAGAUGUUUCUCAUGAAUCCGUCUCGGUGGAUCAGAACGCCAAUUUGACCCCUGAAAACAGCCUCUUUCAAGAAGAAAGCAAGCCCAAUUUGGGGACUCAAGUCCCUCUCACAUUGAUAGAGAAAUGGCUCUUGGAUGAUAGUUCAGCUCAGGCUCCUGAAGACCUAAUUACUAUGACUUUAGAAGAUAGUACUGGUCUGUUUUGAUAACAUCAUCUUAAAUUAGGGUUCCUUGUUUGUUUUUGGGAGGAGAAAGAAGUGUAAAUUACAAGUAUAUCCAUAUUAUUAGUUAUAUGCUUUAUAUGUACUGGAUCAUAAUAAAUUAGAAAUCUUCUCCUAUCUUUUCUUUAUAUAACUUGGGAAUUUCUUCGUUACAUUUUCUUGAACCUUGUGAUCCAAAUUUCACAUGUAUAUCCUAAAAAUUACGGUUAGAAUUGGGGUAAUUUCAAUCAUCAUUUUUAAAGGUCCAGUAAAGUUGAAUGAAUUUACCGAAAGGAAAUAUAAUGCUAAACAGUCUGAAAAAGUUACAAUAUCCAAAUAGAGAUGCAAAACUUUUAGAGUUGA